UCCUCGUACGGCAACCAGGCGAGCGAGCACACGUCGUGUCGCGCGCAUACCAUUACUUCGUGUCUCGUGUUCAACCUAGAAUACGGUUCCCCGCUUUCAUUAGCGUGCGUUUGUGCAUUAUACCAAUGACGCUUAGUCAUUAGUUUAUUACGAUAACCGAUUACUGCAAGGGUAACUUUGUGGCAAAAAUAUCUGGCGUCCGGAGAAGAAGCGUGUUCUUCUUUUUCUCUGCUCCGCCUCUACGGCGCGUAGCUCGCUUCGAGCGCCCGUAAUACGCGCUCGCUAAAAUUCCGGCGCAAUAAUCGACAAACUCUCGAGCGUCGUUUCGCCGCGUCGAUCCAUGUAGCCACCACACGAGAGUGAAAAGAAAACGUGAGAAACUUGGUGCGAGUAUUCAGUGAUUCUCUCCGGGAGUGAAGUUCGUUUUUGUGUGGUGUUUACGCAGAGAUUUCCUACAGUCUCUCGUGACGAGUUAUGCUGUAAAAUCGAUUUUGUGCGUUUCCGUGUGCGUGGAAGAAAUUCAGAAACGGAUAAUAGACGUGUGUAAAAGUGGAUGUGAGUGAUACUUGAUACACAUUGUAACUCUCCGAAUAUUCACGGACGAAGCAGUACAGCAAAAUGAUGGGAAAGAGAACGCAGUGCUACUUAUGCGAUCUGCCUAGGAUGCCUUGGGCCAUGAUCAUGGACUAUUCGGAACCCGUGUGUCGAGGCUGCGUGAAUUACGAAGGCGCCGACAGGAUAGACUUGGUAUUGGAAUCAGCCAAGCAAAUGAAAAAGGCACACGGAUUUCAAGAAGCCAGAUCAUCCACGUCAAAAGGAUAUAGAACGACAGGGCAUGCCGAACACAACGGCGCCACUAAUUUAGACGCUCUACCGAUACAGAAUACUGGUCAGAGCCAUUCAAGGCAUCACAAUAUAGCCAGUUAUACGCAGCUUCACCAUCGAAACUCCAUUACUGAAUUUAACUCUGGUACCACCAGGCAACAGAUCUCUCGACAACACGAGGAAACUCAUGAAAUUGCAAAUGGCAUGAGGAGUAAUAACGUGAGAAUUCCGAACGCCCACCUAGCUGCUGUGGCGCAUCACGUGAACCUCAGCCACAACAGAGGUAUCGCACAGCUGAAGCGAGGUAUUUCCACUAUUGAUGAAGACGAACACGCGGAAAAGAGGCUUUCCUUGGAGGAACAGCAUCCGGUUAGGCCGCCAUUGACCAGGGGCGAUUCCUUGCCAGCUGUAAGCCUCGCUGUUGGUUACGUCCAAGAUAGAAGCAAGGAGAAACAUCCUGUAAGAGCACCCAGUUUCGAGACCGCCACUACAUUCAAGGCCAAUGGGGCGUACGUUGGUCCGUCUAUUCCGUUGGCACCAGCAAAUGUGGCGGCAAAUGGCGGAGGUUCUCCUCUUCGUCCGCGAACGAGCCCUCCGCCGCCGCCGCCACCAGCGCAAGAAGGGUCGAACGAUAAUUCACAAUCGAAUCAUCACCAGGGUUCGACGAAUGGCCCGUCGCCUAUGGCCGCGCUCAUGUCCGUCGCGGACAAUUUAGCGUCGCCAGAAUCAGUGCCACAACAACCGAACAAUCCAAGCCCUACCAGCAGAAGCCCACCGACUACAGCUGCAAACGCUCAACAACGCAGCACCUCCAGAGGUUCCCAACACAGCCCGAACAGUUCAGGAUCCUCGAGCAGGAGGUCCAGUGGUUCAAGGCACGUAUCGUCUACGACUGUGACAACGUCGUCGGAAGGGGCGGUCGCCCAAGUCGCUGGGGCCGAGCAAGUGUCAGCACCGAUACUGAAAUGUACCCUGUGUCAAGAACGUCUUGAAGACACGCACUUCGUUCAGUGCCCUAGCAUGACGCACCACAAAUUCUGUUUCCCUUGCAGCCGGGAAAGUAUAAAGAGACAGGGUGCUGGCACAGAGGUUUAUUGUCCAAGCGGAGAGAAAUGUCCGCUGGCGAACAGCCAAGUGCCAUGGGCGUUCAUGCGAGAGGAGAUAGCCACUAUCCUGGGCGACGACACCACAGGCUCUGGGCUGAAAGUAAAGAAGGAGAGAGAAACUUAAAAGGUUCUCGUAGAGUUUAAUCGGGGCUCAAAUUUUGCACCCUCGCCUAGAGGGGUAUCAUGGUGGAACCGUGAAGGUUCACCGAAAUACUUUUGGUAAUGGUGAUAAAUGUUGGCGACGUGGGCCAACAUAUCGACUCGAGCCAAAGACGUUGUCGGUGUAAAUUGGAUUAUCACAAAGUUGUUGGCGUUGUCGGGGAAAGUGGACGAAUUUAGUUUCCGGGCGACGCGCGUCGUUUCCGGGCGUUUCGUUUCACGGACGGCAACAUUGUUUCGGUCGAUCGUUUGUUCGAUCGAAUUGUUUUGGCUGGUCUUGAGAAGAAGUCUUUGGCACUUUUGCGCGCUGGCGUCGGUCCUGCACACGUGUACAUAUGGGAUUAACGUAGGAUGGUUAAUACGCGAGGAAUAAAGGAGAACGUGGUUUUCUUUUGGUCGAAAAUUUGUACGAACGAAACAGAAAAACCGCGGAGAGAUUUGUGUCCGGUUUGUGUUUGUACUUAGGCACGAUCGCCUUUAUUGUUUGUUGUAUCGCGAAAUUUUUGUGCAUUCUUUUUUGAAAGUACAACGUACACACAGAUACAGACAAGCACGAACGUGCUUUACAAACUUACUACAUAUUACGAACAUACGUACACGUACACAGUAACACACACACACACGCUACACCGUACGAAUUGGGGCGGUUGUAUUGUACUUCAUUUGUACCACGCUGCUAUGCGUGAUUCGCGGAUUAACCGAAGUCGGGAAGAAUCGCUUCGGUGUUAAUCGUCGGACAGAUCCGACGGUUAUCCUUUUCUAAUCUUUUAUUUGUAUACUCUUUUUACCGUUACACUCGUUGUAUGAUAAAAACAAAAAAAAAAAGGGCAUGACGGACAUAUUCAGACCCAGCGUACGGGUUUUUCUGUACAUUGUGUAUAUGUGUACAUACCACGUUAUUAAUAAAACUUAUGACUAAAGGAGUAACCAUUUUUAAAUGUACAAAAAGAACAUUUGCAUUCGUUUUGCGUGUGAUCUAUUAAAUUAUUUUUUUCGUCUUUACUUUCUUUACUUGUUGUUUUGUUACAUUCACGCGAAUGCGCGCGUCCAUAAAUUAUUUCGUGAAAGGACGCGCGAGCGCGUGUCUCGCUUCGAGUUUUAUUUUUCUUUUCUUUUCGUUUUUUCUCUCUUUCGAGAAAUCUCGCAAAAAAAAAAAAUCCGUUGUGUGCAUCUUCGGUUCAAAACUCGUAAUUUUCAAAAGCUUGGAGGACAUCGAGAAAGGGAAGGGGCAAAACUGAGGCGAGCAUCGUUCUUAUCCAGUCAUUCAUCACGGAUCGACACCCGAUCACGUGUAACGUCCACUUUCGCCUUUAGUUAAUCGCUAGACUUUAAGUGAGGGCCUUUUGGUUUUUCAUUUUGCUGAUGGAAAGAAAAGUACGCCCGUCAAAUAGGAACCAUACACUCGCUAUGUCUAAAAUCGUAAAAAAAAAAAGGAAAAAAAAAACUGAAAAAAAUAACGAAGAAGAAGGUUUGAAAAGCAGACAUAGAGUUCUCUCGCGGGAGGAUUUCGGGCUGCGAGCAGCUCCUUUUGUAUAUAUAUUUGUACAAAACGGAUCGGCACCGAUAAUUGGAGCGGCGAUUGUGGGGAGUAUCGUCGACGAAAAUCAGCCGCUCAAAGCUCUCAAGUUCUACGCUGACUUGUAUCGCGAGAAAACGUGCUGACGUCUUCAACACGGAACUUGAGAUCGUUUCUUCGUCGAUCGGGGCAUCGUUUGAUAAUGUUGUUUCGCCGAUAAUUAGGCUGAGCGUACAUCCGGCACAGGGUGACGCAGCGCAAUAUUUUAUGAAACUUGAAUCGACUAACACAGAAACUGUACGAGACCUUUAGUCGAGUCACAGUUUUCUGCAUUGUACGCACUCGGUGAGUCUUGGGUUGAGAAAUUUUAGAGGUACAGUUUAAACGUAAAUUAUCUAAAUUUUGUGGAACAUUAUUAUACGACAACAGCAAUUUUAUUCUCACGACACAUUCGAGUUAUGGCGAACAUCUUACGCAUUUGCUUCCCUUGAUACGAGUAAUACUAUUGGAAUUUUUUUCUAUAUGAAGUCCUGAUUCAUUUGCAAGAAUAGAGGCUACUGUGUACCGUUUAUAAUAAUUUAGUGCCUUAAAUGUCUCAACGAGACUUAGAAUUCGAUCUCCAAUUAGUCCUGCUUACGAAAACGUUAGCUGUAUCGAACAGAAACUACGUUGUGCAAUGCAAAAUAUAAUCUGUGCUGCGUCAACGUGCGCUCAAUGCACGCCUAGGCUAAAACGAAGCAACUGUAGAGGCUAUCUGCGUAGGCGUAAGCAACUUAUGUACCGAAGUAUCGUGCAAAAUUGACGAAAGAAAGAGUGCGAGAGUGAGAUAGGAAUGCGUGUGCGCGCGAAUGAGGAAACGAGAGACAGAGGAGGGCCGAUAAAAAGAGCACAAUUGAUCGUAGCAAUACUUACAGAGGCUGUACGUGAUAUUUUUUAGUCCGAGGCAGGUAGUUCCUACCUUCGAUAUCAAGUUGAUUACGGCACUCGUUCAAGGGUUUGCAAACCCGACUGCAAAGAAGAAAAAAACUUUGUUAGAGGAAAAAUAAAAAAGAAGAAGAAACAGAAAACAAAGGACAGUUGACACUUUCUCACGCAGAUACGAUCUCUCUUUGUUUGUUACGUACACGAUCGCGAGCUGUGCUCUCGACCUUCGGUCGGCGUUAACCUUCUAUUGCAGUGGUUUUUAAAACUUUUUGAAAGGUGUCCCCCCUCAAAAAGAAAGGAAAUAUCUGCGUCCAAAAUAAAUGGUAGGUUUUUAAACUCCUCGCACUCGAUAAAUGUUCUAAAAUAUCGUUCAUCCAACUGGAUAAUCAAGAACAAAUUUUCUGGUUGUUUGCCAAAUUUUAUAUUUUAUACUUUUUUUUUCACAGUGUCAGCACACCUGGUUAUUUCGAUUGGAAAGAGCCGUGGUACAAGAAAAAUAUAUAUUCUAACGGUUGUUAAAUUUUGACGAUGAAUGUAUUUUAAAUUUUCUUUUGUACCCUGCACUUUGAAGAACACUGCUCUAUCGUAUACGUGCCCGCUCGUGAACCUAACGAAGAUCCCUUAUAAAAUUUACCGAGAAAUUUUACAGGAUUCGCGCACGUAUUUUCUUACGGGGACAUCUAAUAACUAUGUAGAUUCAGCCACUUACCGUUUAGCUGAAACAUUGAUUAAGUCAUAAAUGUUUAAAUGACUAAUUUCCUUUUUCGACAGAUAAGAUGAAAUUCUUGCAACAGAGGGUUAAACUGUUUUAUCCUCUCGCGGCUUCGUUUGGUCGUCGAAUUCGUCGUCUAAGCGCAGAGACGGGCAAGCUUUCAUUCCAAUAACGAACGACGAAUAGAAAUAUCGUACGACUGUAUAUUAGCGUCUUUUGUUUCAUUCAGAUACAGUACUGCCUCGCUUUUUGCAUCAAUUUGCAUCAAGUGUAGAUACUUGCAAGGCAUCACCCCCCACCACUGUUCGUUUCUUCGGUUCGAGCAAUCGACAUUUCGAAUGGCCGAUAGCCGUGUUUAAUUAACCUUUAGAGAAACGGCCUUUCUUCGAUAAAGUCAAAGGCAGUAUUAUAUUCGAAGGAAGCUUUCAUUCGAAAUUUCUUAUCUCACCUAUUCGUUCAAAAUUUCUAUUCAUGGACGAAUAUUGGCCGUCUCUGUCCGAGUGCCGAUCGUUGCUCUUUUUUUGUUGGUAUUCGUUGCCUUUCGCAGUUUGCGCGAUCGAUACGUUUGUGAAAAAAAAACGCUUGCUCAAUUUCCCAACUAUUUUUGGACGAUAUUUUGCGGAUGUGGAGAAAUUGGUUCCAGACACGAACGCGUUUAUUAUUCUCGGACGGUGCGUAUAAAUGCUUUUUUGGUCAGCCAGCGAAUGUGUAUAGCGGGCCUUUCGAUUCCUUUCGGUCGGCCAGAUGAAAGAAAUUGGGGCAAUGCACGGGAGAGAAAGGAAAACAGACGUUUCGUUGUAAAAAAAGAAAGAAAAAAAAAACGAACGCCUGUUUAUCGUCUGUAUUACCUAACGCUUUUGGCGUGUCACGCGUAAUAACGUGUUUGCAUUUUUAUUCAAUUUCAUUGUCGACGACCAAGCUACGAAAACUGUUUUCACGCAACGUUUCUCGAAACGGAAAUAAAGAAGCUGCUCUGAAUUUUUUUGCGAACAGUCGUCUCACGCACUUGUACCGUUCGUUUCGUUUAUUUUUUAUGAUUCUCUCGUAUAGCUACACAGACUACACACGAAAGAAAGCGGAAGUAUGAAACAAUACGUCGAAUAGCAAUUGUAGUAGUGGAUAAUGAAAAUUUUCUAGUAUACCAUACCUCGAGGAACGCGUAACACUGUA